GGCGUUAUCAAAAAGGUUCAACUAAUUAACUUUAUGUGCCAUUCAUACCUUGAGGUGCCUCUAGGGCCCCAAAUCAAUUUCAUCAUCGGACACAACGGCAGUGGUAAGAGUGCGGUCCUCACCGCGAUCACGGUAUGUCUAGGUGGAAAGGCGACGGCAACCAACCGUGGUUCUAGCAUGAAGAACCUCAUUAAAGAAGGAGAGACUACAGCCCAAGUCACGGUCACUUUGUUGAACCGUGGAGAAGAUGCUUAUAGGCACGAAGACUAUGGGGAUGAGAUCGUCGUCGUCCGACGCUUCAGCCGUGAUGGGGCAAGCUCUUAUAAAAUCCAGUCCCAGAACGGUCGAACAAUAUCCACUAAGCGUGAGGAGCUCGAGGAAAUCUCUGAUUUUAUGGGACUGCAGAUUGACAAUCCCAUGAACGUCCUUACGCAGGACACAGCGCGACAAUUCCUCAGCACAUCAUCGCCACACGAGAAAUACGUGCUAUUCAUGAAGGGUGUUGAGCUUUCUCAGCUAGACAGGGAUUACACCGUCAUCAGUGAAAGUCUCGAGACCACGAAUCAUGUAUUACGGAGCAAGGAAAGCGCAUUGGAAGGUCUGGCAAAUGCCGAAGAAGAAGCCUUGAAAACACACGACGAUCUGCAAAGAACACGAGACAUGCACGCUGAGCUCGAGGAGCUCAAGAAGCAAAUGGUGUGGGCGCAGGUCAAGGAGAGGGAAGAUGAACGUGAUGAGGCCGAGGCCAAAGUUGCGGGACUUGGUCGUAAGGUGGACUCGGUCAAGAGAAAAGAACAGGAGGCGAAUGCGCAACUGGAGAGGCUGAGCGUUCGGAUGGCUGACCUCAAUGGAUCUUUUCAGGCGAAGAAGGCGGCAGAGCUGGAACCACUCAAGGUUCAGCUGGAGCAACAUAAAGCGAAGCUUCAUCAGGCUGAUUUGGAGCACCGUGAUAUUUACAAUCAGAUCAAGGAGGUCGAGACGAAAAUCACAGCAGCACGCCGACAACUUGAGGUAGAACAAGGCAGACAAGCUGAGCGUGAUGGUGGCGUCCGCGCCGGCCUCGAAGCACGGCUGGAAACCCUGAAUGCAAAUCUGGCUGAAAAACAGGCAGAGUCAGUACGCAUAACUGACGAGCUGCGAGUAUUCGACGGUCGAAUUGCUACGGCACGCGCUGAUACCGAAAAGUUGAUGGAUAACUUGAAGCAACAAACCGACCGACGGGAUGAAGCACGAAACCAACUGUAUUCCUUGGAGCAGAGCAAGAACAAUGCUCUAAGACGGUUUCAUGAGCACAUGCCGGACCUCAUGCGAGCGAUCGAAGCAGAUAGACGUUUCAAAGAACGACCUAUCGGCCCCUUUGGAUUGUAUAUCAAGCCGCGGAAGCCGCAAUGGGUUGGGGUCAUCGAGGUCGUUCUUGGCGGAACAAUUAACGCAUUCGCUGUUACUUCGCAUGAGGAUCGCACUUUGUUAAAUAGCUUGAUGCAAAAAUGCGACUGUGCCGGAAUCAAUAUCCUUGUGGGUAAACGUGAUAUUUUCGAUUACUCCCGCGGUGAACCUAAUGGCAAUUUGGACACGAUCUUACGUGUUCUCGACAUCGAAGAUGAGUUUGUCAAGCGCCAGCUUAUCGUCAACCACCAGAUUGAGAGUGCCGUUCUCAUUGCGAACCGUCGCGAGGCCGACGAGUUUAUGUAUACGCGACCACCAAGGGUACAAUCUUGCUACGCCCUCAAUCCCGAUCGUCCAGGUCAUGGCUAUCGAGUUGGAGGAAAGCGCGGUGUUUCAUCCACUACACCGGUCGUCCCCAGGGGUCCGUCGCGUUUGACGACAGAUGUUGACGCAGAAAUAGCCAAGGCAAGGCAAAGCGUCCAAGUUUUGGAGACAACAAUCCAGGAUCUUCAAAUUCAGGUAAGGCAGGCGGAGCAAGCCGGGCGUAACCUUGCUCGUGAAAAGCAGGAGUUGCUUAUGCGCCUCCGUGCGAUCAAGGUUGAUAUUCAGCGAGCUGAAGAUGAAGCCGACCGAAUCAGGGACGACCUCCGAGUCAACACGGACACGGGAAGGAUUCAGGCCUUGGAGGAGCAGAUAGCUGAAUUCUUAGCUGAAAAGUCCAUAUACCAAGGACAGCAACAGGAUCUGGUACAGGCAAUGAACCGCUCCAAGACCGUGGUGGAAGAGCUGAGGAGCGAGGGUGCUCAAAUUCGAGCAGCCAUUGUGACAAUAGAGGAAAAACUGCAAGAAACCACGACGAAGCUGGAAACCGUCGGCGGGGAGCGCAUUCAAGCUUCUCACGAUCACAAUCAUUGGGUGCAAAAGCUGGCACAAGUGAGGGCCGACCUUGAGGCGGCACAAGUUGCGCUUAAGAAAGCCGCAGAUCUUGUUGAAAGUUUCACAAGGGACGCUUCGGGAUUUUGCGACCGAGUCGACCUGCCUGAAGAUAAAAAUGCCAAAGCCCUUGACAAAGAGAUGGAAGCGAAGGCGCAAAGCAUUGCUGACACAGAGAAAAGGGUGGGUAUGACUGCUGAAGAUGCAGAAAUACAGCUCAAUAAGGCAAGGGAUACGCACGCGCAGGCCAAGAAGGAAGUUGAGGCAUUAAAAGAGCUCAUCCAGGAUCUGGGAUUGGCUAACCAAGUACGGAUCGAAAGGUGGAAGAAGUUCACCAAGAUGAUCACAGUGCGGGCGAAGUCAAUGUUCCAAUACAUGUUGUCACAGCGUGGGUUCCUCGGAAAGCUCAUCGUGAAUCACACAGAGCAGAAGUUAGAGCUUCGUGUGCGUCCUACAGAGAACAAUCAGCGCAAUUCGAAGAGCAGAGAGAAGGACCCACGCAGUCUUUCGGGUGGCGAAAAGUCCUUCUCCACGGUUUGUCUGCUCUUGUCACUUUGGGAGGCCAUGAAUUGUCCUAUUCGUGGGUUGGAUGAAUUUGACGUAUAUAUGGAUGCCGUCAACAGAAAGAUCUCCAUGACGAUGAUGGUGGAUGCUGCUAAAUCACAGUCCAACAAGCAGUUCAUCCUUAUCACGCCUCAGGAUAUGGGGAACGUGCCUGAUCUGAUGGGUCGCCAUGUAAGUACCGAUGAGUUGUCGUCCAUGACAUCUAUGCUAACUUUUCCCAUAGGUCCGUGUGCAUCGUAUGAUGGAUCCUCGUAUUACGGCAAACCAGCGCCGGCUGGAUGA